CAGAGCGUGAGCAUCUCUUCCUGGCAUUCUGGCUGUCAGUUGAGGAAGACGGAGAAAGAGAGGAAAGAAAAUACAAGAGCCAUACCAACAACACACUCUUGAGAAACAGGCACCAGUGUUGGGGAUUUCAGAACACACGGUUCAGAGUGCUGAUUCUGUGGAAACACUGAACUGCCACUUUUUCUGUUGUCAAGAGCUUCCAACAGCAUCCAUCCUAGAGCAUCUGAGAGUUUAACCAUCACUAGCCACAGUCAUGAACUUCCUCCGCCGUCGCCUCUCUGACAGCAGCUUCAUAGCCAACCUGCCCAAUGGCUACAUGUCGGACCUCCAGAGGCCAGACCCACCUCCACCACCUCCUCCCACUGCCAGUACCACCAAGGCACCUGCUUGCGGAACGACUCCUGCCCCAGCAGCCUCUCCUGCGGUUAAGUCCCCCACCGUGUCUCCGGCACCUGAACAACGUCCGCAGCCAGCCCAGUCCACCGGAUUCUUCAGCUCCAUCACCAACGUGGUGAAGCAAACGGCUGCCUCUGCAGGAUUUGUGGAGCAAAGUGCCAUACCAGUGUCACGGAAGUUCAAGAUACUCCUGGUCAUUGAUGAACCUCAACAUGAGUGGGUAAAGAUUUUUCGUGGAAAGAAAAUUCAAGGAGAUUACGACAUCAAAGUUGAGCAGGCAGAGUUUUCUGAGAUCAACCUUGUGGCUCAUGCUAAUGGCACAUGCAGUGUGGACAUGCAAGUCAUCAGAAAUGGAACCAAAGUGGUUCGGUCUUUCAAGCCAGACUUUGUCUUGGUCCGACAGCAUGCUUUCAGCAUGACCCAAAAUGAAGACUUCCGCAAUAUAAUCAUCGGCUUGCAGUAUGCUGGAAUCCCCAGCAUCAACUCACUGGAGUCAAUCUACAACCUGUGUGACAAGCCAUGGGCUUUUGCUCAACUGAUCAGCACCUACAAGAAGUUGGGACCAGAUCAAUUCCCUCUAAUUGAGCAGACAUUCUACUCAAACUACAGGGACAUGAUCUCAAUGCCGACUUUCCCUGUGGUGGUGAAGAUUGGACAUGCCCACUCUGGAAUGGGAAAGGUGAAAGUUGACAAUCACAGUGACUUCCAAGACAUUGCGAGUGUAGUGGCCAUCACUCAAACCUACACAACCACAGAACCUUUCAUUGAUGCAAAAUAUGACAUCAGGGUGCAGAAGAUCGGGUCUGAUUACAAAGCUUACAUGAGAACUUCCAUCUCUGGCAACUGGAAAUCAAACACUGGUUCUGCUAUGCUGGAACAAGUAGCCAUGACUGACAAAUACAAGCUGUGGGUGGACACUUGUGCAGAUGUGUUUGGAGGUCUGGACAUCUGUGCCAUUAAAGCCAUACAUGGAAAGGAUGGAAAGGAUUACAUCACUGAGGUGGUGGGUUCUUCAAUGCAGCUCAUAGGGGAACAUCAGGUGGAGGACCAGCAGCUGAUAGCUGCGAUUGUCCUGGCCAAAAUGAACCAAGAAGGAAGCCGCACCACAGCUCGUUCCCCCCAAAGACCUCCAACCACUGUACAACUUGCACAGAGCACUGCCUUGAAGGAAUGUCUCCCAGAUCUCAAUAAGACAACUGGCCAGCGGUCCUCACCACAAGGGGGGGCAGUGAAACCCCAAGAACCACAGCCUAAGAGUCAAGAGCCUCAUCCCGAGCCAGUUCCUGCCCAGGAACCAGUGCCCAAAGCAGGCCCUCCCCCAACUCUUCCACCCACCACACAGCAGCCCAAAUCCCAGGCUCAAACAGUACCCGAACCCACUCCAGGGAAGCCAACAGAACUGCCCCCAAAACCCCAACUUCCCAAACCACUUCCCCCAAAGCCUGUGCCUCCAGUCAGGAGAAAUUCCAGGCCUCAGAUCCAACCAAAACCCCAGACCCCACCUCCCAUUAAGGCCCAUCCUAAAGUCCAAACUGAUGACACAGAUCUGAAUAUUGGUCAAGCCCAGGUAGAUCCAGUCCUUGCACAAGAGCAAUCCCCAGCCAAGGUUCCUAUCAAGCCCCCGUCACCAGCUAAACCUCAGCUCCAGCCUAAGCCUGUGUUCAAAGAGCAAUCCAAACCUGAAGCCAGAGCUCAGAUGGCUGCCCCAUCUGAAGUAUCAUCUGCCCCUACUAGAGCAGCUCCUUACUCUGUUCCUGCCCCAGCCCAGGCCCAAGCAGCCCCAGAGAAACCCCCCCCAGCUCAACCUCCUGUAGAGGAACAACCUGCACCACAGCAGAGGUCAACCCAUCCUCUCCUGAAUAAAUCCCAGUCAUUGACCAAUGCCUUCAAUGCCUUUGGCGAGACCUUCCGCUCCAGCAACGAGGAUGAAGCCAAGGCGGAGACCAUCCGAAACUUGCGAAAGUCUUUUGCAAGCCUUUUCUCUGACUAAUGACAAAACCCAAAGCCCAAAGAGUGGCCAGGGACUUGAUUGACAGAUAUGCAUCCUGGUCUGAGGAUAAUUCCAUGUAGCUGUAUGCAUUUAAUCCCUCCUCCCAACUCUGCUGUAACUUUCUGAGUGUCAAUUGCGAAGUGGAGAGUGAUGUACAGUAAUUGUUCUCACAACAUGUUGGUGUGUACAUUUUGUGAGUUUUUCUGCCGUGACACACUGGGAUUUAUGUGAGGAGGAGAUGAGUCUUAAGCGUUCAGUUACAAGAGGCUGGUGUAUUCUGAAAUUGUCUAUUACACCUUGAUGUUUUAGCUGUAUCGUGGCAGUGUUUUCAUUAACCACAGACAUAUAUUUGUUUCUAGUUUCCCUUGUGUAUCCCCUGUAGUGUG